GACACACUGGGGGCUGAUCAAGCUGGUAGCAGUAAAACCUGGACUGGAUCACACUGCUGUGCGAUAGGAGUCUGAUUCCCAUCCCUGAUCUCUCUGUCUAAAUAUCCCACAGUUCCCAGCAAUAUCCUGUAGCUCUCUUCACUAUAAAAUCAGCUACAAACCUCCUUCAACCAAAGUCUAUCUACAGGGCUGGGAAUCGGACUCCCGCUGCACAGCAGUGUGAUCCAGUCCUGGUUUCACUAGGAGUUUAAUAAUCAGACACACCUGAGCUUGUUAGCGAGACACACUGGGGGCUGAUCAAGCUGGUAGCAGUAAAACCUGGACUGGAUCACGCUGCUGUGGAAUAGGAGCCUGAUUCCCAGCCCUGAUCUCUCUGUCUAAAUAUCCCACAGUUCCCAGCAAUAUCCUGUAGCUCUCUUCACUAUAAAAUCAGCUACAAACCUCCUUCAACCAAAGUCUAUCUACAGGGCUGGGAAUCAGACUCCCGCUGCACAGCAGUGUGAUCCAGUCCUGGUUUCACUAGGAGUUUAAUAAUGAGACUCACCUGAGUUGAAAAGAGAGCACCUGUGUUUUUGGAAAACGCUGGAUUUUGGAAGAAGGGAAGCCUCGCUUUCAACCCAGAAAUUGGGGAUAUUGAGAUUUCGAUAAGGAAGCGUUCACUGUUUCCGACGUCACAGCUUUGACCCGUGAUUCAAUGAGGGAACCGUGGGUAUUUGGUCCCACGAGUGGACGGCCAAAAUCGACGUGUUUACGAGAAAAUGAACGACCUGAAAAGCCGGAUAAAAACUGCACAUUUCUCUCAGGCGCCAUCUAGUGUUCACGGUGGGACUAACGCCCCUGAGCCAGCAACCAAACCAGCAGCCACAGCGCCAGCUACUGAAGAGAGCCACAGAAACAAGGGAGAGAUCACAGCUGACCGACACAGCGGCGUCCCCCCAACUCCCGCGGAAUCGGGGGGCGGUCCAGCGACACCCCCUCAAAAAACAGACGUCCCGACUCACAGCGAGCGCAAAUUGGGCAGUGAGGCAGCAGAGGGCUUGCUAGGUAAUGGGGUGGUUCCCCCUUACAGGAUUCCCAGUUUCAGGGAGAGCUUCCCUGUGUUUGCCCCGACUGCUCACCGGCCGUACUACAGCCUGGGACACUGCCUGAGAAAGGACUUCUUCCCAGGUCUCCCCCAGCCCUGCCGCUCUCUGUUCCAGGACUCCUUUACUCCGGAAGUGUCCCAGCGAUCCUCCAUCGACUCCCAACACUGGCACGGGCGUGGCACAGACGAUCUGGGGAGAUGGACGGAGAAGAACAUCGCCCACAGACAAUUAAAUAAAGCUCUACAUGAAUUGCACGAUAGGAGCAAGACCAGCUAAACCCGACACUGGCUCAAUAAACCGCUCCCUUCACCCCCAGAGCGCGUUUCAUUUCUCCGUUUCAUAAUCCACAAGCGACUGUGCCAGCCAGGGCUUAGCAUCAGAACCCUGUAGAAUGAAUUUGCCGGCUAGGACUACGGCUCCCAGCAUGCCUCUGCACCCGCGGCAAUCAUGAGGCAUGCUGGGAGCUGUAGUUCUUUAUGCUGUGGUCUCGUAUCACAAGCGAUACAGACCUCUAUUACGAUACAUCAUGUACAGCUGUGGGCAAAAGUUUAGCAUCGCCUAGGCUUGAGACAUAAUUAAAACAUAUAAACAUAAUUUAUAUCUCUACGAAGCUGAGGGAGUUCAUUCUAUAUAGAGGGGGUGGAAUUCAAUAUGUUAACAAGGGAACAUUAUUCAGCAGCUUUCACUGGACUCUAUGAAGCUGAGGGAGUUCAUUCUAUAUAGAGGGGGUGGAAUUCAAUAUGUUAACAAGGGAACAUUAUUCAGCAGCUUUCAUUGGACUCUAUGAAGCUGAGGGAGUUCAUUCUAUAUAGAGGGGGUGGAAUUCAAUAUGUUAACAAGGGAACAAUAUUCAGCAGCUUUCAUUCCACUUUAUGAAGCUAAACCAGUUUUUGUAAGCUUGUCUGUGUGUUUCUGUCCCCUUUCCUGUUUUGAAUGAAUCGCAGGUGUGGGUCUAGUCAAGUCAUCAGAUUAGACAGUCGCUGAUUUCACAGUUUUGCGUGAUUUUUCAGUGCCAGUGGUUUGAUUUCAUACGCACAGCAAAUCAGCACCACAGAAGCCGUGGGCUGCCCUAGCAGAUUCACACACGGCUGUGUGUUUUAAAUGUUCUUAAAGAAACGCGGUCUCUAUAAUUCUGCCCAUCAGUCUUCCUCCUGUUAUCAUAACGACAGCUAUGUCAUUGAUAAAGUGUUUUGGAAACACAGUAAA